UCCCCCCGACGUUCGGUCCUCCUGCUGCUGCCAAUAACCACCGCCCAUUGGCACAUGAUCGCGACAUCUCGUCAUUACUAAACUCUGCCUCUGGCUCUGCCCGCUCCAAAUGGGGGCGCACCGAGGUUGUUCAGAACACCGCACCGUCCAUCGCCAACAGCGCCAAUUCACCACAUCUGUAUUACCGCCUCCCACUACAUCCGUAGCGUCAUCCCGAACCGACGACACCACCACCACCACCACCACAACCCGUGUUGCCGGACUCUCCAAGGCGUCGCCCACGCCGCCUCGAUACCGCUACCCCGAGCCCGAUACCCCCGUUGUCAUGGACGAGAAGCACGGCUACCUCGAAUAUCGCCUAGCCACGCCCCCGCCGUCGUACCCGAUGACUUCGCGCGUCACCCGGAGAAAGGGCCUCUUGCCCGUGCUGGCCAUGGCCGCGCUGUUCGCCUGGAGCUGCUGGGGCUACCUGCGUCUGCCGACGGCCCCGGCCCGCACCGGUGUCGUCCCGGACGGCGCUCCGGCGGCUGCUGUCAAGGAUCUGGUGCCCCUGGAGGCGCACAUCAUGAGCAAGUGUCCGGAUGCUAGGGAUUGCCUGAGAGAUUUGGUUCUGCCUACGAUGAUGAAGGUCCAGGACAAGGUCAACUUUACUCUUUCGUAUAUUGGCACACCGACCGAGAAUGACGGCGUCGACUGCAAGCAUGGCCCCUCAGAAUGCAUGGGAAACAUCAUUGAGCUCUGUGCAGCCCAUCUCUACCCGGACCCCAAGAUCAACCUUGGCUUCACCAUGUGCCUCACUCGCGAGUACAGCGCUAUCCCUGACCGCACCCUCGUCGAGGACUGUGCUUUGGAACAUGCCAUCGACAUCCAAGCCCUCAACGACUGCGCCACCGAGGAUGACGGCGGCUUCGGCGUCGGUAUGCUGCGUGACAGCGUUCGUCGGAGCAAGAGUGCCGGUGUAACCAAGAGCUGCACCGUCAGGCUCAACGAGGAGUUUUACUGCGUGCGGGACGACGGCCAGUGGAAGGACUGCCCGCACGGCGCGGGCGUCAACGACCUCGUCAUCGCUAUUGAGAAGCUUUACCGCUCGUAGCAGAUGAUUUCUUGAUGGGUUCGUACACCUCCGUCCAUAGCUCGCUGGCCUCGCCAAGCGUAUA